AUUUCGCUUGAUAUCCAGUUACCAUGAUGACAAAUACAGUCAUAUUACUGGAUUCUAUCAAUUAUUAGACAUCAAAUGAAACAAGUGACUUAACCGUUUUUGGUAACAAAAAUAAACACUCAACAAAUGACAAAACGAAACGGAAAACCAUUUUUUCUUGCUCAACAAACCAAAAAAAACGACCAAUUUUUUCUGGUAAAAUAACCAUCUUUUUCAUUUUCAUCAUUUUGUCUACAUUGAAUUGUUGAAAUAAUUGUAACAAAUCAAAAGGAGAAUCCAACAAUUUUUAACCAAAAAUUUAUGGUCAACAGCAACGCACACAUUCCAAGAAUCGUCCAUUUUUUCUGCUGCCCAAAUAUUAGAUGUUUUGUUUUUUCUUUUCAUAAGGCAGUUUUUGGAUAAAGUAUCAUCGCCCUUCUAAAAUUCAUUGAACCACCACCAAUCAAUAUUGAUUGAUUGAUUGAUAUCAGUUUAAUGUAUGAAUGUGUCAAUAAACUUCCAUUAAUAAUCUCAUAUUGACGGAUAUAAUUAUGAGGUUUUGAUUUGUUUGAAUCGUUUUGAUGAUAACGACGGUAAAAAAACCCGAAAAAUGGAACAAAAUUUGAUUGAAAUGAAUCAAAAAAUUCAAAUUAGCAAAGACGAAAAUUUUGGAGCCAACUUACCUACAGCUGAAUUAAGUUGGCAUCAAAUUUCUGUAUGGGUUCGAUCAGAGCGUCGUUCAUGUUUUCGUCGUCGUUCAUCUUCAACACAGAUAUUAGAUUCUGUAUCUGGAAAUGUUAAACCCGGUCAAUUGCUGGCAAUUAUGGGCCCAAGUGGUUCGGGAAAAACAACAUUACUUAAUACAUUGACCGGACGAAAUCUGAGUCAAUAUAAUUACGAAGGUGUUGUCCUAAUCAAUCGACAUCGUGCUCAAAUUGAUACAAUUAAAUCAUUAUCUGGUUAUGUACAACAAGGAGAUUUAUUUGUUCCUAUGCUCACCGUUAAGGAAUAUCUUAUAUUCAUGUCGCUGGUACGAAUGGAUAGAAACAAAUGUUCAGAUCAUGAACGAAAACGUCGUAUCGAUGAAAUCAUUUCGGAAUUGGAAUUGACAAAUUGUGCCAAUUCCCGUAUAGGUAAUCGAUAUGAUGAUAUUAUUGGCUCAGGAAUUUCAACGGGAGAAUGUCGAAGGCUUUCAUUUGCAGCUGAGAUGCUCACCAAUCCAUCAUUGUUAUUCUGUGAUGAACCUACCUCUGGCCUUGAUUCCUAUUUAGCUGAAAGUGUUGUGAAAAUUCUGAAGAAAAUGGCUCAAUCUGGCCGUACGAUUAUCUGUACGAUCCAUCAACCAUCAUCCGAAGUAUUCAUUCUAUUCGAUAAGAUUCUAUUGCUUACACAGGGAAAAUUGGCUUUCAUUGGAACUUCAUACCAAGCUAAUGAAUUUUUCACAUCCCUUGGUUUCAUUUGUCCGCUUAAUUUUAAUCCAGCUGAUUAUUUUCUACGACAAAUAUCGAUAAUACCAGGAUCAAAAGAUGAAUGUUUACAACAGAUUAAUCGAAUUUGUUCUGAAUUCAAAGAACGAGAAAACGAUGAGCUAAAAGAAAAUCAUUUAGAAUCAUCCACCGAAAUGAUUGUUCGACAGCCGGAAUCAAUCAUAUAUAAAGCAUCAUGGAUGGAACAAUUCCAUGCUCUAUUAUGGCGUUCAUUUAUUUCAAAUGUUCGUGAACCGAUGAUUACACGGAUAAAAUUUUCACAAACUUUAACUGUUGCAUUACUUUUGGGAAUCGUUUAUUGGAGACAACAGCUAGAUCAGAAAGGAAUAAUGAAUAUAAAUGGAGCGAUUUUCAUUCUAAUUAUCAAUCUAACAUUUAUGAACGUUUUCUCGGUUAUCAAUACUUUUUGCAGUGAACUUCCAAUUUUUCUACGCGAAUACAAUAAUGGAAUGUAUCGUGUUGAUACUUAUUUUUUGGCCAAAAUGUUUUCCGAAUUGCCUUAUCAAAUCAUAUUUCCAACCAUAUUAGUUGCCUUACUUUAUUAUAUGGUUGGUUUUAAUAAUACGUGGAAUUCAUUCAUUAUGUUUAUUUUUAUUUCAAAUCUAAUCGCAAAUUGUGGAAUUUCUUUCGGUUACAUGAUCUCAUGUUUAUCUUCUUCGACAAAAAUGGCCAUUGCCUUAUCAUCACCAUUAAUUUUACCACUACUUUUGUUUGGUGGUUUCUUUAUCAACAAUAGUACAAUACCAGUGUAUUUUAAGCUAUUCAAAUACAUUUCCUGGUUUUACUAUGGUAAUGAAGCAUUGAUUAUAACACAAUGGAUAAAUAUAGAAAAUAUUACUUGUACAACGCAGAAAAUUUAUGACAAUCAAUUGAUGAAUUCAUCGAUUAAUGAAGCUUUAGUAACAAGCAAUGGUCAUGGUGGUGAACAACGUUGUCUAACCAAGGGAAUUUCGGUAAUCGAAGAAUUAAGUUUUGAUCCAUCUAAUCUUUAUAUCGACAUUAUUGCAUUGAUAUUAUUAAUCAUUGCAAUGCGUUUUUUAGCAUACAUGAGUUUAUCAUUGAAAUCUCGAAUACGAUAAAGACUUUUUUUCAUCCAUUAAAAACAAAAUUCAAUAAAUAAAAUUCAUUUGUUUUGAAUUUGGCG